CGUACCUUGUGGACUUUGAACACUGGUGUGGGUACCGGGGCAGCUUCUCCCCUGACAAACUUUCUGCUCCGCUUCAGAAAUUCCAUUUUUAAUUUAAAGGGAAAGCGAGUUCUACUUGAGAGAGAAAAGAUAAGUGAGAAAACCACAUGGAAGACUCACAGGAUUUAAAUGAACAAUCAGUAAAGAAAACGUGCACAGAAACAGAUGUUUCAGAGCCUCAGAAUUCCAGGUCUAUGGAAAUGCAGGACCUAGCAAGUCCUCAUACUCUUGUUGGAAGUAGUGAUACUCCCGGUAGCUCCAAACUGGAUAAAUCUAAUCUCAGCAGCACAUCAGUUACAACAAAUGGGACAGGAGGAGACACCAUGACUGUUUUAAAUACUGCAGACUGGUUGCUGAGUUGCAACACUCCCUCUUCUGCAACAAUGUCUCUUCUUGCAGUCAAAACAGAGCCCAUGAACAACAGUGAAACAACCACAACAACUGGAGAUGGAGCGCUUGACACUUUUACUGGGUCAGUAAUAACAAGUAGUGGCUACAGUCCCAGAUCAGCACAUCAGUAUUCCCCACAGCUGUAUCCCUCCAAGCCCUAUCCACACAUUCUUUCUACACCAGCAGCUCAAACAAUGUCUGCCUAUGCCGGACAGACUCAGUAUUCAGGAAUGCAGCAGCCAGCAGUGUACACAGCCUACUCACAGACAGGACAACCUUACAGCUUACCGACUUACGAUUUAGGUGUGAUGUUGCCAGGCAUCAAGACGGAAAGUGGACUUUCACAAACACAGUCACCACUACAGACGGGGUGCCUCAGUUACAGUCCAGGGUUUUCUACCCCCCAGCCAGGCCAAACACCCUAUUCUUACCAAAUGCCAGGUUCUAGUUUUGCACCAUCAUCUACUAUUUAUGCAAAUAAUUCUGUUUCCAAUUCAACGAAUUUCAGUAGCUCACAGCAGGAUUAUCCCUCCUAUACAGCCUUUGGCCAAAACCAGUAUGCACAGUAUUAUUCAGCAUCAACAUAUGGAGCAUAUAUGACUUCAAAUAACACAGCUGAUGGAACAUCUUCAUCCUCCUCAACCUAUCAGUUGCAGGAAUCUCUCCCUGGACUGACAAGUCAACCAGGAGAUUUUGAUACAGUGCAAAGCCCCUCAACACCCAUCAAAGACCUUGAUGAGAGAACAUGUAGGAGUUCUGGGUCAAAGUCCCGAGGAAGAGGCCGGAAGAAUAAUCCAUCACCUCCACCAGACAGUGACUUGGAGCGUGUAUUUGUCUGGGAUUUGGAUGAAACCAUCAUCGUUUUUCACUCACUGCUCACAGGGGUCCUAUGCACAGAAAGUAUGGCAAGAUGGAAAUGCAAUAAAAGCCCUGAUGAUUCUCAGGUGGACCAUUUUAAAGACAUAGCCAGUUUUGCUACAAAGCUAAUGGGGGAAAAAAGGCUUCUCCCAACCGUAUGUCAGUCCAGUGCAGAAUGGUCAGUCCUCCGGUUUUCUGGAAACAGGUCCCUAGUACCUCCCAUGUCAGGGGUCUAUGUCAUUGCAGAUCCCCCAAUGGCAGUAACCCUUGGACUACGAAUGGAGGAAAUGAUUUUUAACCUUGCUGACACACAUUUAUUUUUUAAUGACUUGGAGGAGUGUGAUCAAGUUCAUAUAGAUGAUGUUUCUUCUGAUGAUAAUGGUCAAGAUUUAAGUACCUACAGUUUUGCAACUGAUGGCUUCCAUGCAGCUGCAAGUAGUGCAAACCUUUGUUUGCCAACAGGUGUAAGAGGAGGGGUUGACUGGAUGAGGAAGCUGGCUUUUCGUUACAGAAGAGUAAAAGAAUUAUAUAAUACCUACAAGAACAAUGUAGGAGGACUCCUUGGCCCAGCUAAGAGAGAUGCAUGGCUGCAAUUAAGAGCGGAGAUUGAAGGUCUAACAGACUCCUGGCUGACAAAUGCACUUAAAUCCCUAUCAAUUAUUAGUACUAGGAGUAACUGUGUAAACGUCUUGGUAACAACAACUCAGCUUAUCCCAGCACUUGCAAAGGUCCUACUAUAUAGUUUGGGAGGUGCUUUUCCUAUUGAAAAUAUUUAUAGUGCAACUAAAAUAGGAAAAGAAAGCUGUUUUGAGCGUAUAGUGUCCAGAUUUGGCACUAACAUAACUUAUGUUGUGAUUGGAGAUGGCCGAGAUGAGGAGCAUGCUGCUAACCAGCACAACAUGCCCUUUUGGAGGAUAUCAAGUCAUUCAGACCUCUUGGCUCUACAUCAAGCAUUGGAACUAGAAUAUUUGUAACUGUGUUCUAUUGUUGGAGAUCCGUUUUUUUUGUUUUUGUUGUUUUAUAUAUAUAUAUAUACAUAUAUAUAUAUAUAUAUAUCUCAAGUACACUGAAUUUUUAUGUGUGAUUCAAUGCCUCUGGCUUUACACAUAUAAAUUGUCUUAAAGGAUGAAAUCAUAUUUGGAAUGAAAAUUCCAGAAGGAAGAAUUCAGAUUGCUGAAUGGCGUUAAAACUUUAGUGCUACAGAAAGGAAGCUCUAUGGUCUUAUUUGUGCAACACUUUAAUGAAUUAUAAAACUGUGGAGGUUGCUGGUACACACCGAAUGAGCUGGAGUUAACUGGAGUUAAACAGCUUUAGCAAGGAACUCUUAUGUUGGCAAAGCAGCAACAAGCAUUUCCCGUCUAACAAAGUGGUGUUCAACAACAUUCCUCAAUAUGGGAUAUAUUCUCAGCACUGAGGUUUGAAUCAGACUUUAGCCUCCCUAACCCAGAAAAUCUGAAUCAAAAUGCACUCAGACUGUAUAAUGACAAUUCUGUCUAGACCUGUAAUUUGUGUAAAUUAUUGAUGAAAAUAAUUUACUGUGACUUUAUUAGCAGCUGACUUUGGAAAUGGAUGCAAUUUUUUUCUUUCUUUUUUGGGGGGGUGGGGGAAGGGAGGGAGAAAUGGGAAUAUAAUAUUGUCUCUUUUAUAAGUUUGGCGAACAGAAUGUGCAUACUGAUGUGCUGUGCCUUAAAGACAAGACAAGACAGUGUUUGUGUGUUAAGAUGUAACUUUGCUUAAAAACUCUGUAGAUAAAGAAAAAAAAAAACUUUGUGAUAAUUCUCAACAUGACCAAAUUUCAAAUUCAAGUUAUCAGAGCUCAAGACUAAAUCAAAUAGUAAUUAUGCAUUUGUUGAAGUAAGGGAGGGCGGAGGGAAAGGAAAGUUUGUGUUUUUAUUUGGAUUCCGAAUAAUUCCAUUGAUAGUGUGAGACAAAAAUAAUAGCUUAUCUAAACAUAAGUAGAAAGUUUGGGGGAGAUUGCAAUGAUUUUGGGGACCUUUGCUUUGAAAGUGAAAUGGAUGUUUAAGUCUUGAGCAACCUCUCUAUAUUUUUGCAUGAGAAAACCUGAGGGCCAUAUUCAUGGUUAUUUGCACUGUUUUGAGUUUGAAUUCAUUAGGGAUAUGUGUCACAGAGGGGAAAAUACCCUCAUGAAAAUCGAUAUUUGUCACCUAGUAACAGGUCUUCUCAUCCUGUUAAUGGAGUGAGCUGAAAUUGAAAAGAAAGUUAAAUUUAUAUUCUUCCCCCUCCCCCCAAACAGAAUGUCUCCAAUAGUUUAAGUGAGAUACAUACCUCUAAUAAGAAAUGCCCUCUAGGGAAAGUAAAGCAGUGUGAGCUUUCCAUAGAGUAGUAUCAGAUAAAUCAACAUGUCACACUGAUCUUGGCAAUGUUAUAGAAAUAAUAUUUUAUUAGAGUCAACCCAGUUCUUAUAAUUUUUUUUUCAUUUAUCUUCUGAUCUUUUAAGGCUUGUGUGUUACCCUAUUCUGUCUCUUAUUGGUAUUAUAACAGUCCAAAGAGAAUCCCCCUCACUUAUGCCUGUGUGCUUGCAUCUUUUUUCAUGAGUGACCCAGGUUGGUAAUAUAGUAGAGGUUCUCCUGUUGCUUUCUGAUAUUUUCCCCCUAAUGGUCCUUAUUUUAGAAUCUUAGAAAAUCUAAAUCUCUGGGUGAUUCUUGUAGCCACAGCUCUCUGUUAAAGGUGUGUCCAAUGUCCAGCCACCUACAUUAUUCCACCUAACCAAUGGGAAGUCCAUGACUUUUUUUUAACAGCUUGAGAUUUCAACAGCAAAUUUUUAUGACUUAGAGAAUGAUGGCACUUGAUCUGUCUACCCAAAUAUCAUUUUUAGAAAUAUCCUUUUGGGGCAGCUAGGUAGCACAGUGGAUAGAGCACCGGCCCUGGAUUCAGGAGAUACCUGAGUUCAAAUCUAGCCUCAGACCCUUAACACUUACUAGCUGUGUGACCCUGGGCAAGUCACUUAACACCAAAUGCCUCACCAAAAAAAAUUAAAUAAAUAAAUAAAUAAUAGAAAUAUCUUUUUAAGUUUGUCCAAAUCUUUGUCUAAAACAGCCAAAGAUAAAAUGGAAUCACCAAGUCUUGUAUAGGACUGUCAAGCCAUUAUAAAACCUGAACUCAAGCUUUGAAUUAUGUAUUAUUCUUAUCCCUGGCACACAAGCCCUUAUUAUAGCCAAGCUGAGGAAAUUUUGUACCAGUUCUUUGGCCUGAGACAGUUGUAACAAGGUCAAAAUAUUUUAUUCAGUAUUUAAGUCAAUCAACUCAGCAUGUGAGAGAUCUCACGCACUGACCUCUAGUUAUAAGAACUUUACACAACUGCUCAACAGACAUGCCUGAAGGACAGUAUCCUAAUGCUACAACAAAAGCUUGUAUUCUUCCCCACACUGAGAAAGGAAUUCUAAUGUUGCCAAAUUGCAGGUUCAGAAAGGAAAGUCAUUUGGAGGGGGAGAGAAACUGAGAGCUCGUGGCACCUACAGUUUCAGGUUCCUAUGUAUCUCAUUCACUGAAUCCGCACUCAAAAUAGACUGGCAGCCAUCACCAAAGAUGAGGGGGACAACAAUCCAGUUUUACUCUAGGGCAAUUGAAAAGAACUGAGUUGCAGUCUGGUAAAUCAGACUUUAAAUAUGUUUUAAACUAUUAACUUUAUCUUUCUGAUCAUAGGCAAAGAAUACCUCCAACCCUAAGACACAGACAUAUACACACAGGUUCCCUUUCUUUCUAAUCUUAGGAAAAGAAAAAAAAAGAAAAAAUGUUGGCAGUUGCCACAUAUUAUUUAAGUAUAGGAUAUUGUGCCUUAUUGUUAUGACUAUUUUGAAUGACAUUCUAUAAAUGAAGUGGGUUUUCAGCUACUGUACAAAUAUGGACUUUGUACAGUACUAGAAAUAAUAGCCAUGUUUAGUGUUGCACCUGCAGAAUAUUAAUAGAGUAUAAUUUCAGUAACCAAAUAUAGGUGAUCAGUACCUUAGGAUAUGGAAAUAAGUUAACCUGCACCAGUAAAAUUGUAUAAAUCAAGGCCAGAGGUAACAUCUUUUAGAAACACAUGAAGUUUUACGCACAGAGAAAUAGGUGGCAAAUGUCACUCCGAUUUGAUUAACAUAGUCUCUCCCAAAAUAAAUAUUCAAAAUAGCAGCCACAGCAUGUUCCCCUAUGAAUUAGCUUCCCUCUCAGCACACUUGCUUAUGAUAAGCCUACAUUCUGAGUGAAAAUGAUAAUUUGGUCUCUCUCUAAGGGAAAACAAGCAUCAUGAGCCAAAGCUGCAUUUUGACUCCCAAUAAUAGAAGCAUUUUGGAAAUCAUAACUAAUCAAAAUCAAGGGUCUCUGUCAUGUAUUAGUAAGGUAUAGUUUAUAUCGGGGCCUACAUAAUUUAAAAAUGUAAAUUAAUAUUAAAAAGCUUGUAAAAAUAUGUACAUCUUUACUAUUUCUCAAU